AUGUCCAGGAUGUCCUCACCACAUGCACGCGCCUUCACGCGGCGCUCAAAGAGGACAUCAAGCUCCGCAAACGUCCGAUCCUUCGUCUCGGGCAGCCGAAAGUACGUCCCGACAAAGAACCUAGACACCGCCGCGCAGCCGCCCCAGAAGAACCCCGUCUUGCGGCUUGCCGCGCCAGUCGCCCGCCGUCGGGUUCAGAAUGUACGGGUUGACGACGCUGCAGACGAUCUGCGCGACAUAGUACGCGAUCCGACUGAGGCAGACGCUCUUGUUGGGGCCCAACCGUCAGGUAGUACACCCCGAGCCAGCCGAGCAUCAUCCCGGCCUGCGCGUAGUUCCCCGCCUCGGAAGCGUCCGGGGCCCGACGCCGAUGAAGCCGACCACCAGGAGGAUCACGGCCAGGAGGCCCAGGCCCCAUAGGUACAGCGUCCGGCGGCCGAACCUGUGCAGCAGGAACCAGGAGGCGAUGGUGCCGACCGACGCGAUGCCGAAUAUAAUAUAGAGACACG